AUGUCAAGCCACACCACCGAAAAGGUUCAGGCGGAGCCUGUGGCCGAAAAGAAGCACCAGGGCGAACUCAUCAACGCAUCGGGUCACCGCCAAGAAGUCGAGCGGAACUUCAGUCUUCUCAGCAUCUGCGCGAUUGCGGUGACUACCGGUAACACCUGGAUCGCCCAGGGUGGAAGUGUGGCCACUGCCUUGUAUAACGGUGGUCUGGCAGGAUGUAUUUAUGAAUUUAUUGCUGUCUCCGUCUGCUACUGGAUGGUUGCUGCGUCCCUCGCUGAAUUGGCCUCUGGUAUGCCCUCAGCUAGUGGUGUAUAUCACUGGGCAUCGAUCACGGCCGGCAAAUACGGCCGCGUCUGCGGUUUCUUUGCCGGUUGGUGGAACUGUUUGGCCUGGAUCCUUGGUGCUGCCUCCAUGUCCUUGAUCAUGGGCCAGCAGACUGUGUCGAUGUACUCCCUGACACAUCCUGAUUUCAUUCCCUCGACCUGGAAUGUCUUCCUCAGCUUUAUCCUCUGCACCUGGACUGCCUGCUGUACCGUUCUGUUCAUGAACCGCUUUCUUCCCUUCAUCGGCAACCUCGGCAUGUUCUUCAUCCUUGCCGGUGUCUUCGUCACGAUUGUCGUGUGUGCUGUCAUGCCAUACGUUAAUGGACAGCCCUACCUCUCUGACAAGGAGGUGUGGGGGACAUGGACUAAUAAAACCGGCUACUCCUCACAGGGUUUCGUGUUUGUUCUCGGGAUGCUUAACGGCGCCUACAGUGUGGGUACCCCGGAUUGUUCCUCCCACCUGGCUGAGGAAAUCCCCCAGCCAAGCCGAAACGUCCCUAAGGCUAUUCUGGCUCAAAUGAGUGUUGGUUUCGUCACCGGCAUUCUUUACAUGAUCGCUAUUUUCUACGCCAUCCGGGAUCCCACCCAGCUCAGUCUGCUUCGAUUCGUCAACUUCCCUCUUCCAGCAAUCUACGCCCAGGCAACUGGUUCCGACGCAGGUGGUCUUGGUCUCUUGGUGGUAGCUUUCAUUCCCACCCUGAUCACUGCCACUGGCUGCUACAUCACUGCUGGUCGGACCUUGUGGACCAUCUCUCGUGACCGGGCGACUCCUUUCCCCAACUGGCUUGGACACAUCAACACCAAAUUCCAGAACCCAUUCAACGCCACUCUUGUCUGCGGUUGUGUCGUCACUAUCCUUGCCUGUAUCUAUAUGGGGUCCACCACUGCCUUCAGUGCUUUCGUUGGAUGCUUCGUUCAGCUGUCGAGUCUUUCCUACUUCAUGGCCAUCUUCCCCACAUCCUCACUCGCCAUUGGUUACGUUCUUAACAUUCUUGCGUGCAUCUACAUCCUUGCCUUCGUCGUCAUCUUCUGUUUCCCCUUCGCCCUGCCUACCGACGCCGCGAGCAUGAAUUACGCCAGUUUGAUGACUGGUGGUCUCACCAUCUUCGUUGCUAUCUGGUGGUUCAUCCGCCAGGGCUCGUACGAGGGACCCAAGAACAUCCCCUUGUCCGACAAGGACCUUGCGGAGAACCGCUAG